AUGUACGCUACCUCUAAACUGAUAAUCCCUGCGAAAACAGCGCAGGAUUCUCCAUAUGUACCAAAAAUCCGCAUUUUUCUACGACCAUCAUCAUCUUUGGACAAAAGCAGUGACAUGGGAAGUUCGCUGGCACCAGACAGUCUCAUAGCAGAUAUCUCCCAGGAAAAUCACAACGAAGAUAACGCUGUCGAAGACGGUGAUAAAACAAAAGACAUUAAUUUCCCAUCGACUGUAUCUCAGAACCAAACCGACAAGGUGUCGAAACCUUUGCAGGACCAGGUUCGUGGUGGUCGAAAGCGUAAACUUGUUGGAAGUUUAGACAAUAUCGAUUUUGAAAGAAGAGAUUCUCUGCUCACCAAAAAAAUUAUAAACAUGGAUACAUUUGAGGCGUUGCCCAUGGACUCCAGGCGACACUUGUUAAGUCUCCUUCCCAUCUACGACCAGACACCCCCACCAGAUGCAACAGCGUCGGCGACAGACGCUGAUUACUGGAUCCACCCCACUGCUCUGAACAACGAAUUUCUCUCCAAAGCCCUGCAGGAUUACUCCAUCCGUCAAAUGAACGGAGAGUUCUCACCCCGGUUAAACUCUCGCACGGGUCUUCGAAAGUCCGUCGGAAAUCGACAACGCUAUUCAAGUCCUGCUGUUUCUCCCAUUUCGAUUCCCCACUCAUCAACACCCCUACUUCAGUCAUCUGCUAAUACCACCAAAGAAGAGCCCAUUUCAACACCAUUGGUCGUGACUAGCAGUCCUCUGAAGACAAAUGGUGUUGAAUCACCGACCUCGCGGUUUCGGAAUAAGUCCUCUGCCCUACAAACCGUCCUUUCAAAAGAGCUCACGGAACCGAAAAUUGAGAAUGGUAUAGAUAAGGAAGGCCCUCAAGAGGCUAUUAAUGCAAAGCUAGAAAAAGAACAGCACGUGAUUCCACAGUCAGUCUUCUCCCACUUCGUCUCUCCCUCUUCCACUGCCAUCGCAGCAACCUCUUCUUCCUCAUCAUCAUCCUCUACUCUCUCGCCUUCACCAUCGCCACACUGCCCCUCCUCUUCGAGUCCUUCCAGUGGCCUCUCACCGACUGCUUUGGGCAGCGUCACUAACGCCACCAACUCCAUGCUUCCUCUGCAAUCUCUGGCUUUGGACGAACUGGAGCGGCAGACUAUGCGACCAUCCCCUGUCCUCUCAGAGGUUUCUAUUCAGCGUCGACCCAAUAUGCCCAAGCUUGAGUCUACUCUCUUGUUACAAAACGGUGUUAAACCACCAAUCGAUCUUUCGUUGAGUUCUCCCAGGCGUUCUACGAUUGGCGUAUCCAGUCGUAGGCCCUCACAGACUGGCGCCGACCUUCCCUCAAGCAGUAGGCCACCACUUGUGGUCGAUAGCACCACACCCAUCUCCGCACCCAACCCCACCACCAUGCCUCCGCCACGAGAGACCAAGACCUUAGCCAGCGUGAGGGAGAAGUUGCGCGCUAAGCGCCUGAUGAUGAGUCAACAGCAUCCUUGUCAAUCUUUGCCCCUUAAAGUGCCCUGUCAGCAGCGGUCCGCCCCACCUCUUGCGCCCGCUUCUUUGUCUGAAUCUGCUCCAGCGCCUCCUCCUGCCACUGGUAGUCUCACUCCUAAUCCCGGAACCAGCUUUUCCGGUGACUUCUAUAGUUGCCCAACUGCCAGACAGGAGCCUCUUCCACCAAUUUCCGCGCCUGUGAUACAACCCCCGGCGGUUUUAAUUCAACCGACAGGAAACAGUGUAUCCGCUCCUGCCACACCGCAACACGGCAGUGCAGGUGGUGGUAUAGCUGGACCUCUUCCCGCCAUCCUCGCUAACUUUAAACAGGCUCGUGUUGUUGUAACUCCAUCACGAUCUGGCUCAUCGGUGAGCAGCAACGAGGGUGGAACCGAUGUGGCUGAUCCAGAUCACCAGUUGCCUGAUGUGCAUCCUCAGCCGCAGGCAAUUCCACAGAAGCAGCAGCAACAGCAACAGGCGAUCCAUCAGAAGCAACCUGUACCUCAACAGCCACAACAGUUGGUUGCUGUUCCAGCGAGUGCUUGUAGUGUUGGCGGAGGGACUACGACCACAAGGGCGUUCUUUGUCGACGGUAACAACUUAACUGAGACACUAGCUCUCCUCCAGUCCAUUAACCCACGCGCAACCGUUACACAACAGCAGUUCCUUCUGAUUCCCAGCACUGACAAGUCACACGCAAUUUUGUGUCGAACUCCCAUCGCUAUCCAACCAAAACAGUCACCUCCGCAGCCACAGGUUAUUCGAAGACAUUCUGGUUCCGCCUGCGCUACAGCUGCCUGUCCACCCGUUUCGGCUCCCGCGACGCCCACAGUCCUACCUCUCAUCCUGCCCGCGAACCGGUCACAGGAGCAUCAGCAACAACAAGUACCCGCGAUUCCACCCGGUCUUUACCGUGAAAUCCUCCCAAAUAAUAAUGCCACUGCCAGUGUGUGUAACAUUCAGAGAGUACACCAGCCAACUCCUAUCCAGCCUCAACAGCAGCCAACACAACUGAGGCCCGCACAAACCUACUACAGUUUACUGGCGCCCAGUACAAUUACUGCAUCAGGAGUGAACACCAAUCACAACAAUGUCAGUAGCACUAACCACAACAUCAGCACCACCAACAGCAAUAACAAUCCGCCGACAUCUUUCUUACCCCCACCCAGCUGA